AUGGGCCCCUGUACCGCCUCCUCAUGCUGCUGCCAGGCCCGUAAUCUGCCAUGGGCCCACGUACCGACUCCUCAUGCUGCUGCCAGGCCCGUAAUCUGUCAUGGGCCCCUGUACCGCCUCCUCAUGCUGCUGCCAGGUCCAGAGUGUGUCAUGGGUCCCUGUACGGCCUCCCAUUGCUGCUGCCAGGCCCGUAAUCUGCCAUGGGCCCCCGUACCGACUCCUCAUGCUGCUGCCAGGCCCGUAAUCUGUCAUGGGCCCCUGUACCGCCUCCUCAUGCUGCUGCCAGGUCCAGAGUGUGUCAUGGGUCCCUGUACGGCCUCCCAUUGCUGCUGCCAGGCCCGUAAUCUGCCAUGGGCCCCCGUAUCGACUCCUCAUGCUGCUGCC